AUUGGCUGCGUCCGGAUGCGUCACUUUCAGGGCGCCCGGCGCAGGGUGUGGCGAGCGCCGGGGAAGGGGCGUCGCGAGCAAGGGACGUUGCGCAGCAUGGCGGCCUCGGAGUCGGAGCGCAAGCGGCGGGAGCCCGAGGCAGCGGCGGACGAGGAGGAUGAGGAGGAGCGCUGGGUCGGGCCGCUCCCGGGGGAGGCCGCGCAGGCGAAAAGGAGGAGAGUCCUUGAAUUUGAACACGUUUAUCUGGAAAAUCUACCAUGUGCUUCGAUGUACGAACGCAGUUACAUGCACAGAGAUGUCAUUACACAUGUAGCAUGUACUAAGACAGAUUUUAUCAUCACAGCCAGUCAUGAUGGGCAUGUAAAAUUCUGGAAAAAAGCAGAAGAAGGGAUUGAGUUUGUUAAACACUUCCGGAGUCACCUGGGUGUUAUUGAGAGUAUAGCGGUUAGUUCAGAGGGGGCAUUAUUCUGUUCGGUUGGAGAUGACAAAGCAAUGAAAGUGUUUGAUGUAGUCAACUUUGAUAUGAUCAACAUGCUGAAACUUGGCUACCACCCUGGCCAGUGUGAAUGGGUGUAUUGCCCUGGAGAUGCCAUAUCUUCUGUUGCCACAUCUGAGAAGAGCACAGGAAAAAUAUUCAUAUACGAUGGACGAGGGAAUAACCAGCCACUUCACGUUUUUGAUAAACUCCACACAUCCUCUCUUACUCAGAUACGAUUGAACCCUGUCUACAGAGUAGUAGUGUCUGCUGACAAAUCUGGAAUGAUCGAGUACUGGACUGGAACUUCUCAGGAAUAUAAAUUUCCCAAGAACGUGAAUUGGGAGUAUAAAACAGAUACUGAUCUAUAUGAAUUUGCUAAAUGCAAGGCUUACCCAUCCAGUAUAAGUUUUUCACCCGAUGGCAAGAAAAUGGCGACUCUUGGGUCUGACAGGAAAGUUAGAAUUUUCCGUUUUUUGACAGGGAAGCUCAUGAGAGUCUUUGAUGAAUCUCUGAGUAUGUUUACUGAACUUCAGCAGAUGAGACAGCAACUACCAGACAUGGAGUUUGGCCGACGUAUGGCGGUUGAACGUGAGCUGGAGAAAGUGGAUGCAGUAAGAUUAAUCAAUAUUAUUUUUGACGAAACUGGACACUUCGUUCUCUAUGGAACAAUGUUGGGCAUUAAGGUCAUAAAUGUAGAGACUAACAGGUGUAUUCGUAUCUUGGGAAAACAAGAAAACAUCAGAGUGAUGCAACUAGCUUUGUUCCAAGGAGUAGCAAAAAAACAUCGUGCUGCCAUCACUAUAGAGAUGAAGGCAUCUGAAAAUCCUGUUCUCCAGAGUAUCCAGGCAGAUCCAACAGUAAUCUGCACAGCUUUUAAAAAGAACAGGUUUUACAUGUUUACUAAACGUGAACCAGAAGAUACAAAGAGUGCAGAUUCUGACAGAGACGUAUUUAAUGAGAAGCCUUCUAAAGAAGAGGUCAUGGCAGCUACUCAAGCAGAAGGUCCCAAAAGAGUUUCAGACAGCGCCAUCAUCCACACAAGCAUGGGAGAUAUUCAUGUCAAGCUUUUUCCCGUUGAGUGCCCCAAAACAGUGGAAAACUUCUGUGUGCACAGCAGAAAUGGUUAUUACAACGGACACAUAUUUCACCGUAUCAUCAAGGGUUUCAUGAUUCAGACUGGUGACCCAACUGGUACAGGAAUGGGCGGUGAAAGUAUUUGGGGAGGAGAGUUUGAAGAUGAGUUUCAUUCAACUUUACGGCAUGACAGACCAUACACGCUCAGCAUGGCCAACGCAGGACCAAAUACCAAUGGAUCCCAGUUUUUUAUAACAGUAGUUCCAACUCCAUGGCUGGACAACAAGCACAGUGUGUUUGGACGGGUGACUAAAGGAAUGGAAGUUGUUCAAAGAAUCUCAAAUGUAAAAGUCAAUCCCAAAACGGACAAACCCUAUGAGGAUAUCAGCAUCAUUAAUAUCACAGUGAAGUAAGCAAGGAUUCGAAGGUUCCAGCCUUAAGCAGAAGAAACUCCACAUGGUAGGACCCAAAAAGGACCUGAAAAGAACAGAAAUGUUUUUGAGAAGUGCCAGGACAGAGUGUUUCAGAGGCACACUAAAAUCAAAUUAGGCGGAUGGCAAACUCAAAGGGGAUUUUAUUGUUCUUGCUGACCAAAAUUGUGUAACUGUUGAUUAACCAAUAAUCAAAUGUGUCCUCCAUCAAAAUUGCUUUAGGCUCUGACAAAUAUUUGGUAAACAGCAGGUUCAAGAGGAGGAGCCUCCGAGGAGCCUCAGACUUUGUGAUGAUUCAAAAUGUGCUCAACCCUGAGGUGUUUCCUUAGGUGGUGUCCCAUCCUAUGGGGAAAAGUCCCCAGCUGCAGACCUGCUGCUUUGAGGAAGUCACCAGUGGGGCUUCAUUUAUACCCGGGUCAAAUCCGAUCUGUGGUCAGUGGUCUAGAAAUUCCUCUUGACUGGGGCAUUUCAUUGGCUAAGGGACCUGUGCCUGAUAUUGGACACCAUGGUGUCUGUAAGUUUCUGGUGGUGCUGAGUGAGUGUACCUGCCACACAGAGCAAUCACCAGUUUUACUAUUUUUGAUGUACCUGAAGUGCCCUGUGUCUGUAUUUCUGGUAACUUUGUAUUUUUAAAAUAAAAACCUCUGCUUGUUUCUUA